AUGGCAAUUACCAACCUCCAGAUCCUUCAGGCCCAUGGGCUGUUUUUCAUUUUAGGCACUCAGCUCCAUGUCUUCGUUUUCCGCAAAGGGGAAUGGGAUACAGCUACUACCAGACUCUUCAGGAACUUCACACUGGGUAUUGGGUUGCUGACGGCGGCCCUUUCCCGGGGAGCUCCUGAGACCUUCCGGACAAAUGCGGCUGCGCUCAAGACAGCUGGUUCUCUCACGGCCGCGCUCAUUGCUGGAAUCUACACAAGUUUACUCGUGUACCGUGCGGCAUUCCACCGGCUCAACGGCUUCAAGGGACCGUUCCUAGCGAGGCUCUCGAAUCUGUGGAUCACCUCACGAGCAGUCAAGGAAUUGCACAUGUACACCGAGGUUCAACAACUCCAUGAACAGUAUGGCGACAUUGUGAGAAUUGGCCCGACCGAGUUGUCUAUCAACAAUCCAAAGGCCGUUCUUCCAAUCCACUCGAAUCGCUCACCGUGCACCAAAGGCCCAUGGUAUGGAGUCUUGCAUCCCAUGUACUCAUUGCAGCUCGUCCGAGACAAGCAAGAGCAUGCACAAAGGCGCAAGAGUUGGGAUCGAGGGUUCAGCUCGAAAGCGCUUAGAGACUAUGAGUUCCGGGUUGCCGACUACACCAAUCAGCUUCUUGCAAGUAUUGACAAGAAUAAGGGAAAGCCAUUCAAUAUCUCAGAUUGGUUCAACUUUUACAGCUUCGAUGUCAUGGGAGACUUGGCUUUCGGCAAGUCCUUUGGCAUGCUCAAGGAAGGCAUUAAGCACUACUUUAUGACUUCCUUGCAUCAAGAUAUGCAGGCUAUUGGCAUGUUCAGUCAUAUGUUAUGGCUCUUCCCCAUCUUCAAAAAUACGCCAAUCUUGAACGAAAAUAACAAGCGAUUCUGGAAAUUUGUCACAUCUCAGGUGGACGAGAGAAUCGCGAACCCCCCUGACCGCCCAGAUGUCUUCUCAUGGAUCUUGGAGGAAUAUCAAUCCCUCAAGAACCCGACUUGGCAGGACACCCUCAACCUAUAUGGCGACGCGUAUCUUAUCAUCGUUGCAGGGAGUGAUACGACAGCUGCAUCCCUUACUUGUCUCUUCUUCGAGCUAGCCCAAAAGCCGGAUGUCUACCAACGCCUAAGGGAGGAGAUCGACGACUACUUUGCGCAGAAUGCGGAGCCUGAACACUCCGCACUGUCAAAGCUUCCGUAUCUGCAGGCUUGCAUCGACGAGACGUUGAGGCUUCAUCCUCCUGUCCCGUCGGGUGUGCAGCGCAUGACCCCGCCCGAGGGCAUAGAUAUUGACGGGACAUUUAUUCCGGGUGAUACAAUCAUCCAGGUGCCUACGCACACCAUGUUCAGAGGCAAGUCUCAAAAAGAAACUGUUUCAUCCUCCACCGUUGUCUCGGCUGAUGAACUGCGUCUGUCAUACAAGACUUUGCUUGCUGACUGUGGCGAAAAACAAAUAGACGAGCGCCUGUUCCCGCAGGCGAACGACUUCAUUCCCGAGCGGUGGACCUCCCGGCCCGAUCUGGCCAAAGACCCUGCCGCAUUUGUUCCCUUUGGUACCGGCAAGUACUCUUGCGUCGGAAAGCAGCUGGGCUUGAUGGAGAUCCGUUACUGCGCCAGCCAAAUCAUCAACCGAUAUGAUGUUGCAUUCGCCCCGGGGCAGAAGGCGGAAGCGUUUAUUGAUGGCAAAAAGGAUGGUUUUACAUUGUCGCUGCCGCAGUUGGAAGUGAUUUUCAAAACCAAUGCGAUGAAGUGGAGGGUGCGGGCUAGCAUUUCCCACCGUUUCCCAACUGCUGAUUUGUCGCUCUGCUGGGCUAAAUUGCGUGCGGAGCUAUGGAGUCCGAACUCUAUCAGAGCCACGCAAAGCCACCGAUGGCAGAGUUUAAGCCCAAUGUCACAUAGGAUUCCCAGCUCAGCUAGACCAGGGCAGGCGAGACAAGGCAAGGAGAGAGAGAGAGAGCGAGAGAGAGAGCUGCAGGACAAGCAAGUGUCACUGUACAGCACAGCAAGGGUGGCCGCAUUUUACCCCACAUUCUUUGGUCUUUCUUCUCAACUUCUCGUCCACCCCUCUUCCCUCCUUGCUACACUACCAUAUUCUCAGACUGUUGUAUCUGUAUUCGAAUGCCUGUCUAGAGGUGUGGCCGGGAUGCCCGUCCAAGCCCUGUCUCUGCUGCCUCUGACUAUCUGUCUUAUUGAUGCCCGCCCGAUCCACUUCUGCACAUCUACCGUCAACUUUCUUCGACACUAUCCGGACCCGGCCCAAACCAGCGGACCACGCGAGGAGAAAGCACAAACACUUGGACCCUCAAGCGCGGACGCGCUUUUAUUCUCGUUGACUCUUUUCUCUCUUUUCUGCCCACAGUCUUCUUUCAUAAAGGAAGAAGGGAAAAGAGCUAUGGCGUCCAAUGGACCAGACGAUGAUGCCCCCACACCGUCAGCAGCAACAGGAGGAGCAGCUCCGCCAGCCAAGGUCCCCUCCGAAAAGGAGCUCGCCCGCAAAAUCCGGAAGCGCGAGCUCGACCGCCGGGCCCAGAGGCAGGCUCGCGAGCGCACCCGUAACCGCAUCGCCGAGCUCGAGGCCCAGGUCAAGGAGCUCCGAAAGGAUGACUCGACGAGGCUGUCGGCCGCCAUGGAGCAGCUGGCCGCCGUCACGCGCGAGCGGGACGGCCUGUUCGACACCUUCAAGUCCAUCGAGCAGACGAUCCGCGACCAUGUGCUGCCGAGCCGCCCAACCCCAGCGACACAGCAACGCUCGCCGCCUCCCACCGUGACAGCGUCAACAUCCCUGCCGCGAGCAGGCUCAGCAGCCUCUCGGGAUGCGACUAUGCUUACGGAGCUCUCGGCGCCAACCUACACCGCACCCAUGGGCCUACUGCCCGAAACCCCCGCCGCCCUCGACGUCCACGGUUUCCACGGUAGUGUCAAUGGCGCCGUCGUCGGCAGGGUGCCGAACGGGUUCCCGGCAUCCAGCGUACACGCGCCCAGCGUCCACGCACCUAGCUCCACGUCGGACAGCCAGGACUUUGUCGACGACGAGGACGACAACGGGGACGAUGCCCCAGACGAUCCCAAUCUCAUAGUGCCACCACCCGAGGCGCACUGCGACUGCGUCACUGUCCGGACCCCAGCAGGCCCAGCGUCCCCGAAAGUGAAUGUGUGGCGGGCUGUUAACCAGGUCUUGGCGAAGCGGUGUCGCAUAUCGAAGGAAGCUCACGCGAUCGAGGACUCCAACGACGAGGACAUUCCCGUGCGGGUACUACUCGAAGGCUGGGAUGCCGUCGCGAAGACCCGGCCAUUGUCUAAGUUGUGGAGAAAGCUCCGCAGGGUCGACGAGUUGUGCUUCAUGACUUGCCCACCGACAGAACGGCUGGCGAUCCUUCGAACCAUGCACUUGCUGCUGCAGUAUCACUCCGAUCCCACCCCGGAACGCUAUGCCAAGCUGCCCACCUGGUACCUGAAGAGACCAUCACAGGCGAUGCCACAUUCUUAUGCCAUCGACUUCUUUGUCUGGUACGUCAAUACACCCCUCUGGUUAUCACCAUUCAUGCUCGAGCCAGGUGUUCGGGAACGGUUCGUUUUCGGACAACACCACUACUGCAACAACCAGUUCUGGGAGCUCUUCGGCCCCAACUUCCACCUCCUCUGGCCCUUUGAGUUCCGCGACGCGUACAAAAAGAGCGUCGUCACAGGCCAGUACCAAAUUUCGCCCAUGUUCGAGCAGAGAAUAUCGGACAUCAACGCCUGGACAAUGGGUAUGGACUUCUUCACCCGCUUCCCCGAGCUCAUUGCCGAUAUUCCGGCAUUUCACUCCGUCGCCCAGGCCCUGACGCCCGCCGUCAUGUCACCUCCCCCGCUUCACCACCAAGCCCUGCCUCAACAGGCAUCUCUUUCGCAGCUAAAGGAGCGUGACGAACGUCUUCUUCUCGAGCAGCAGGCCUCAGCCGCGGCAGAAGAGCAGCAACACCAGCAACACCAGCAGCAGCAGCAACAGCAGGCCAACCAGGACGCCAUGGACUGCUCUCAGGCCAUGCAGGUGUACCCGGGGAGCCUUUACAGCAUGGCACCUCCCGGCUUCAUGGACGAAUUCAUCCCGCAGGGCUAUGAUGCGCACGGCCCGGCUGGGACGUAUGGCUCGAUGCCUGGGUACUUUUGA